GCACACAAAAAACAGGUAAGGACAAGAUAUUCCACGAGAUACUUCCUUCCUUCUCUCUUUUUUCACAGACUGACCUGCUGAUAUAAAAUUUGUCUCCAACAGCUUUCGAAUUUUCAAACCUCCUCUCUCUAACACUGUAGACUCUCUCUAACCGUUUCUAUUGUCCAAGAAAACAAAACCCAUUUCUAUUUCAAACCCAAAGAUUGGUUCUUCUUUCCUCCUUUUUCUCUUUCAAAGUUUCUUUCUUUUUUUCUUUAUUGUUCCGCGAAAACACCUUCUCUCCCGAGAAAGUUUGAAUUUUUCUUGCGAAUUAUCGCCUGGUCCUGAGCUUUUCUUGGUGGGUUUUGGUUCUUGGGUCGGGAACUUUACAGGGUUUUGGCUUUUGAAGAAGAUGAAGAUCGGUGAAGAUGGUCGCUGUUCGUCGUUAUGUGCAUGAUCGCACUGGCGCGUUGGCUUCGUGCUCUGGUGAUUUCUAGGGUUUGUGGUGCGUAGAUUUGUGUGGCUUUAAUUAGGGUUUCUGGCAAGUAGUUGAAGUAGAAAAAAACAGAGCAGUAUGGUUGCAAAAGACCGCCAAAGUGCUACAAGCUCUCCUAGUCCUAAAGUGGAGGUGGGAGAGAUCGACACAAGGGCACCUUUCCAAUCUGUUAAAGAUGCUGUUACACUAUUUGGAGAAGGCGCAUUCUCUGGGGAAAAACCUGCCAUUAAGAAGACAAAACCUCAUUCAGCAGAGAGAGUACUAGCCAACGAGACGCAGCUUCACCUGGCCCAGAAAGAAUUGAACAAGUUGAAGGAACAACUGAAGAAUGCUGAAACUACGAAAACUCAAGCACUUGUGGAGCUUGAAAAGGCUAAGGAAACUCUUGAGGAUCUUACAAAUAAGGUGACUUCCCUCAGUGAAUCUAAGGAAUCUGCAAUAAAGGCAACAGAAGCUGCAAAAAGUCAGGCAAAGCAACUUGAAGAAGCAAACUCUGGCAACCUUGCUGGAACUGAUGGUGCUUGGAAACAGGACUUGGAAACAGCAAGAGCACAGUCUGUGAAUGUGAUUACUGAACUUAAUGCUGCAAAGCAGGAGUUACAGAAAAUCCGUCAGGACUGUGAUGCAUCCUUGCAAGCAAAAGUUACUGCUUUCAAGCAGGCAGCAGAAGCUGAAGAUGCAGCCAAAGCAAAUGCGGAGAGGGUUACUGAGCUCUCCAAGGAAAUCUCAGCUGUGCAGGAAUCAAUUGGGCAAGUGAAGCUUGCAUCUUUGGAAGCCCAGCAGGAGCAAGCGAAGAUAUUUGCUGAAAAGGAUGUCCUGAGGCAGUCGUAUAAAGCUACCUUGGAAGAGUCAACAAAAAAAUUGCUUUCUCUGACAAAAGAGUUUGAUCCAGAACUCUCUAGAAAUCUUGAAGCACAACUUUCUGAAACGUUGAAUGAAGUUGGAGCUCUGCAAAAGCAAAUGGAGAAUGCAAAGGCUUCCGAUUUAGAUUCUGUGAGAAUUGUCACUUUGGAGCUGGAUGAUGCUAAGGAAUCACUGCAUAAAGUAGCAGAAGAGGAAAGCAGUCUCAGAAGCUUAGUUGAAGCGCUUAAGUUGGAACUUGAGAAUGUGAAAAAAGAGCAUGCUGAACUGAAGGAGAAGGAAGCGGAAACAGAAUCGCUUGCUGGGAAUUUACAUGUGAAACUGCGGAAAACCAAGUCUGAGCUUGAAGCAUGCCUAGCAGAAGAGUCUCAAGCAAGAGGUGCUUCCAAUGAAAUGAUAGCUACACUAAACCAGCUAUCCUUGGAAACUGAAAAUGCAAGGCGGGAAGCAGAAGAGAUGAAGAUUAAAGCAGAGGAGUUGAGGAAGGACGCUGAAACAACCAAAAUUGCAGUAAAAGAAGCGGAGAAGAGGCUGAGACUUGCUUUGGAAGAAGCUGAAGAGGCUAAAGCAGCUGAAGAAAGAGCCCUUGAACAGAUUAGAGUUUUAUCGGAGAGAACUAAUGCUGCUCGAGCAUCAACUUCUGAGUCUGGUGCCAAGAUCACUAUAUCAAAGGAAGAGUUUGAAUCUUUGAGCCGAAAGGUUGAGGAGUCUGAUACAUUAGCAGAAAUGAAAGUGGCUGCUGCCAUGGCCCAGGUGGAAGCUGUGAAGGCUAGUGAAAAUGAGGCCUUGAAGAGGUUAGAGGCAACCCAGAAGGAAAUUGACGAUAUGAAGGCUGCAACUGAGGAGGCCAAAAAGAGGGCAGAAAUGGCUGAAGCAGCCAAGAAGGCAGUGGAAGGAGAGCUCCGAAGGUGGCGAGAACGGGAGCAAAAGAAAGCAGCUGAAGCUGCAUCACGGAUAUUGGCAGAAACAGAGAUGUCAGUGGAAUCAUCCCCACGCCAUUACAGGAUUCAAAAGCAGAACCCUCAAACGAAAAUUAUUGAGGCCCGGAAGUUGGACAAAGAGAAGACGUCUGUUUCGAAAAAAACACUUUUGCCUAAUCUGAGUGGCAUGUUCAAUAGAAAAAAGAGCCAGGUCGACGGCAGUUCCCCUUCUUAUCUCCCUGGUGAGAACCCCCUUUGAUGUUUGUAUUCUGCCCAGACCUUUGUGGAAAUAUGAAUGCUGAAGACAUAAACAAGUUUGGUUGUGUCGGCAUUUUGUGAAAAUUCUAUGAUCCUAGUCUAUUUGUGGAGGGAAAAAAGAGAGGAUUGUCAAAUUAAUGAGCUUGGAUGUAACUCCAGGGAGAGUGUGAUUUUGUAUAUUGGACAAACAAUUCUUGGAUUAUCUGUUGAAGAUUUGCUGUAGAAAUCAAGUGUCGACUUCUUUAA